GGUGUGUUUUAGUGCAGUUAUAAAACCAAAGUUUGCAGCUAACGUGCUACGCGCCCCGAGCUCGGCUAGGGGCGCAUCGCUGCCCCGGAAUCAGGACUCCGUUAAACCCGCCCUCCGGAGGGAUCUCAUUUCCCCAAACCUCCCAUUUUCCUCUCUCCCUCUCUCUCUCUGUCUCUCUCCCUCCCUCCCUCUCUCUCUCUCGCGUGCGCGUCUGUCCCUCUUUCUCGUCCCUCUUUCCUCCCCUUUAUUCCUCGGCUCUCCGCCGAGUCCCCACUAGAACCAUGGAUCUCGCGGCGAGGUGUGCGUUCCUGCUGGGCUGUCUUCGCCUGCUAUCGGCGGUGGAUCUUGAGGCGAUAGAGCCGAGCUACUAUGUGGAGCCGUCUGCCAGCUCAGAGGUGAUCGACUACAAGGAUCCCUGUAAAGCUGUGGCCUUCUGGGGGGACAUCGCCCUGGACGAGGAGGACAUGCGGAUGUUCAAGGUGGACCGCAUCAUAGACGUGGCCCAGAGAACCGUCCAGACCUUCAACAACACAGAAUCUCUGACUAACCGGAACAGACAAGGGGCUCACCGGUCGAAGCGGGCGGCCACGUCCCGCCCGGAGCGGGUGUGGCCGGAGGGCGUCAUCCCCUACGUCAUCAGUGGAAACUUCAGUGGCAGCCAGCGGGCCAUCUUCCGCCAGGCGAUGCGCCACUGGGAGAAGCACACCUGCGUGACCUUCAUCGAGCGGACGCAGGAGGAGAGCUACAUCGUGUUCACCUACCGGCCAUGCGGAUGCUGCUCCUAUGUGGGCCGCAGGGGUGGGGGACCCCAGGCCAUUUCUAUUGGCAAAAACUGUGACAAGUUCGGUAUCGUGGUGCACGAGUUGGGCCAUGUGAUCGGCUUCUGGCACGAGCACACCAGACCGGACCGGGACGAACACGUGAGCAUCAUCAGGGACAACAUUCAGCCAGGACAAGAGUACAACUUCCUGAAGAUGGAGCCAGGCGAGGUGGACUCGCUGGGUGAGGUGUACGACUUCGACAGCAUCAUGCACUACGCAAGGAACACCUUCUCCAGGGGGAUCUUCCUGGACACCAUCCUCCCCCGCUAUGACGUCAACGGCGUGCGCCCUCCCAUUGGCCAGAGGACACGGCUGAGCAAAGGGGACAUUACACAAGCGCGCAAACUCUACAAGUGCUCCCGAUGCGGGGACAGCCUCCAGGAGAGCAGUGGGAACUUCUCGUCUCCUGGCUAUCCCAACGGCUACUCAGCCUACAUGCACUGCGUCUGGAGGAUCUCAGUCACGCCGGGGGAGAAGAUCAUUCUGAACUUCACGUCCAUGGACCUGUACAGGAGCCACCUGUGUUGGUACGACCACGUGGAGAUCAGGGAUGGCUACUGGAGGAAGGCCCCGCUCAAAGGUCGUUUCUGUGGAGACAAGCUGCCUGACACCAUCAUCUCCACCGACAGCCGGCUGUGGAUCGAGUUCCGCACCAGCAGCAACUGGGUGGGGAAGGGCUUCUCCGCCGUGUACGAAGCGAUCUGUGGCGGAGAGGUGCGGAAGGACAACGGGCAGAUCCAGUCUCCCAACUACCCCGACGACUACCGGCCCAACAAAGUGUGCGUGUGGAAGAUCUCGGUGGCCUCGGGCUUCCACGUGGGCCUCACCUUCCAGUCCUUUGAGAUCGAACGCCACGACAGCUGCGCCUACGACUACCUGGAGGUGCGUGACGGGCUCACGGAGAGCAGCCCCCUCCUGGGACGCUUCUGUGGCUACGAUAAACCCGACGACAUCAAGACCAGCUCCAACCAGCUGUGGAUGAAGUUUGUGUCCGACGGCUCCGUCAACAAGGCCGGCUUUGCCGCCAACUUUUUCAAAGAGAUGGACGAGUGUUCCAAGCCUGACAACGGUCGCUGCGAGCAACGCUGUGUCAACACGCUGGGCAGCUACAAGUGCGCCUGCGACCCCGGCUACGAGCUGGCCGCAGACAAGCGCAGCUGUGAGGCGGCCUGCGGCGGCUUCAUCACCAAGCUGAACGGCUCCAUCACCAGCCCGGGCUGGCCCAGAGAGUACCCCCCCAACAAGAACUGCAUCUGGCAGCUGGUGGCGCCCACGCAGUACCGAAUCACGCUGCUCUUUGACGUCUUCGAGACGGAGGGCAAUGAUGUCUGCAAGUACGACUACGUGGAGGUGCGGAGCGGCCUGUCCGCCGACUCCCGGCUGCACGGGAAGUUCUGCGGUGCGGAGAAGCCUGAGGCCAUCACCUCGCAGUACAACAACAUGCGCAUCGAGUUCAAGUCGGACAACACCGUGUCCAAGAGGGGCUUCAAGGCGCAGUUCUUCUCAGAUAAGGACGAGUGCUCCAAGGAGAACGGAGGCUGUCAGCACGAGUGUGUCAACACCUUCGGCAGCUACAGCUGUCAGUGCAGGAGCGGCUUUGUGCUGCACGAGAAUAAACACGACUGUAAAGAAGCCGGAUGUGAUCAUGUUUUGAACAGCGCCAGUGGCACCAUCACCAGCCCCAACUGGCCCGAUAAAUACCCCAGCAAGAAGGCCUGCACCUGGGCAUUGUCCGCCACGCCGGGACACCGCAUCAAAAUCGCCUUUAACGAGAUGGACAUGGAGGCCCACCUGGAGUGCGCCUACGACCACAUCGAGGUGUACGACGGCCGGGACGGGAAGGCCCCCAGCCUGGGUCGCUUCUGCGGCACCAAGAAGCCCUUGCCCAUCACCUCCAGCGCCAACAAGCUGUUCAUCCGCUUCUUCUCGGACAACUCUGUGCAGAAGAAGGGCUUCGAGGCGUCCCACUCCGCAGAGUGCGGCGGGCGUCUGAAGGCGGAGGUGAAGACCAAGGACCUCUUCUCGCACGCCCAGUUCGGGGACAACAACUACCCUGGCGCGUCAGACUGCCAGUGGGUGCUGGUGGCGGAGAAGGGCUACGGCGUUGAGCUGAUCUUCCAGACCUUCGAGAUCGAGGAGGAGGCGGAUUGCGGCUACGACUACAUGGAGCUGUUUGAUGGCGGGGACAUCAAGUCCCCGCGGCUCGGGCGCUACUGCGGCUCAGGGCCCCCGGAGGAGAUCUACUCUGCAGGCGACUCCAUUGUCAUCAAGUUCCGCUCGGAUGACACCAUCAACAAGAAGGGCUUCCACGUGCGCUACACUAGCACCAAGUUUCAGGACACCCUGCACUCCCGCAAGUGACCAGCGGGGGGCGGAAGGGGUCGCGCGGCGGCGGCUGCGCGGGCCAAGUCGAAGGGCCC